CUUGAAUAGCAUAUUUACGCACAUGCUCUACGUACCAAAAUGGGGAAAUUUGGGUUGCAAUUUAAAGCAACUUUGGAGAAUGUUACCAAUGUCAGACCUGACGGGGAUGAUUUUCGCUGGUAUUUAAAGCUCAAGUGUGGGAAUUGCGGUGAAGUCACUGAUAAAUGGCAAUAUAUCACCUUAAUGGACAGUAUGCCACUCAAAGGAGGUAGAGGCAGUGCUAGCAUGGUUCAGAGAUGUAAGCUGUGUUCCCGGGAAAACUCAAUAGAUAUCCUGAGGGACACCAUUACACCAUAUAAUUUGGAGAAUAGUGAAAGGUUUAAGACUAUGGUCCAGUUUGAGUGUCGAGGUCUAGAGCCAGUGGAUUUUCAACCUCAGGCUGGAUUUGCUGCCAGUGGGGCUGAGACGACCACUCAGUUCUCUGAAAUUAAUCUUCAAGAGAAGGAUUGGACUGAUUAUGAUGAAAAGGCCAGUGAGUCCGUAGGGAUCUAUGAGGUGACACAUCAGUUCAUCAAGUGUUGAGAUAUUUGGUGAAGAUGACUAGAGGUGAAUCAGGAAGAACCCUAAAGGAAGACCAUUUAUAAAUAUUUGCUUUUGAUAUUCUUGCUGAUAACCUGGUUGAUUAAAUGGAUGCUUUAUGUACCUAGGGCUAGCAACAUUCUUUGUGUAGAACUAAAGAGCAGUACCUGAUGAUUUGCAGAAACAAUAAAGCUUGGUAGUAAUUUUAUUAGUA